UCCAGCCAGGGGACGAGACGCUCUCCUCCCUGCCUUUCUCCUGCAUGGUGGAUUUCCUGCUCGAUGUCUCUUUCUUGGAUGAUAUGGGGGAUCAUUCCAAAAAGAAAUCAGGAAUUGCAAUGUGCGUGGGCUGUGGAAGUCAGAUACACGACCAGUACAUCAUGAGGGUGUCCCCGGACCUGGAGUGGCAUGCAGCCUGUCUCAAGUGUGCAGAGUGCAGUCAGUACCUCGACGAGACCUGCACUUGCUUCGUCCGGGACGGAAAGACUUACUGUAAAAGAGAUUACACAAGGUUAUUUGGCAUAAAAUGUGCAAAAUGCAACACGGGCUUCUGCAGCAGCGACCUGGUGAUGAGAGCCAGGGAAAAUGUGUAUCACAUGGAGUGUUUCCGGUGCUCCGUGUGCAGUCGACACCUCUUGCCCGGGGAUGAGUUCACGGUGCGGGAAGACGAGCUGUUGUGUAGGGCCGAUCAUGCCUUGUUGCUGGAUAGGAGCUCCGCAGGGAGUCCUCUCAGCCCGGGAAACCUCCACUCCAGACCUCUGCACAUCUCAGACCCAGUCUCAGUUCGGCAUCCACCACAUCACCGGAACCACAUCCACAAGCAAACAGAGAAGACCACCCGGGUCCGGACGGUUCUCAACGAGAAGCAGCUCCACACACUACGGACGUGCUACAACGCCAACCCGAGGCCCGACGCUCUGAUGAAGGAGCAGCUGGUGGAGAUGACCGGCCUCAGCCCCAGGGUGAUCCGGGUCUGGUUCCAGAACAAACGCUGCAAAGACAAGAAGAAGUCCAUUCUGAUGAAGCAGCUGCAGCAGCAGCAACACAACGACAAGACUAACCUCCAGGGCCUCACAGGGACACCUUUAGUUGCCGGUAGUCCCAUCCGACACGACACCACCGUGCAGGGCAACCCGGUGGAGGUGCAAACCUACCAACCACCCUGGAAGAGCCUGAGCGACUUUGCCCUGCAGAGUGACCUUGACCAGCCUGUCUUCCAACAAUUGAUGUCUUUUUCGGAGUCGGGCUCUUUGGGGAACUCUUCCGCCAGUGACGUCACUUCUCUAUCGUCGCAGUUACCGGACACACCAAACAGCAUGGUUCCCAGUCCAGUGGACACGUGAUGAGGUCACAUGGCGCCAAAUAAUAAUUCUCAGAGCAAUCAACUUCGAUGAUGAUGGUGGAUUUACACUACGGAGGAAGAAUACUGAGCGAUUCCUACUUUUUUUUUUGCUCUUCAGUGGACACUGUGAGGAUUCGAAUACGAGGACGCUAAACCAUCUUCAAAUGGAAGAAGGCAACGCUGCGUGGAUGUGCAUGACGUUAUUAUCGACUCUUAACUGUACGCAAGACACAAGACCCUGGAACAUAACUUAUUACUGCUAUUAUAUUAUUAUUUAUUAU